AUGACCAUGUAGCCGCGAAAAUACGGAAUAAAUAAUUAAUUUUUAAUUAAUUAUUCUUGAUAAAUCUGUUACGUGAUUUGGUGGAUGUCGGUUGCGGAUUGGCGUAGAACUCCACGACCCGUUUAAGUUAAUGAUUUUCAAAUAGUGUUUGUCUUAAUAGCAUUUCUAAACGACAAAUGACACUGUGACGAACAACUUGUGAAUCGUGUGAUUCAAAUUCACCAUGCCCACGAAGCCGCCACAGCGUGUGACUAAUAAUUCGGAUCUAUUCAUCACGCUCACUUGAUAAAUCAAUUUCUUGAGUCUUCUCGAUAAACCCGUACAACUGGACAAGGCUAUAGAAAUGGUCGGAAUCGGAAGGUUUCACCACUGUUUAUUAUCAAUCUGCGGAUCACUUUAUUUGGCAAACGCCAUUAGCGUAACGUCGUUGUCAUUAGUUUUGCCGUUAGCUCAAUGCGAUUUUCAUAUGACUUCUGCACACAAAGGUGUUUUAAAUGGAGCUUUAAUGACGGGAAUGGUGGUGGGAUCUUUUAUUUGGGGUUACGUGGCAGAUACCAAAGGCCGAAGAUAUACACUGGUCGUCAGUAUACUCAUGGACGGUAUAUGUAAUCUGUUUUCAAGCGUGUCUCAGGUGUAUCCGAUAUUUUUAAUGUGCAGACUGUUAAGCGGAUUCGGAUUGUCCAGUAUACCAAUUAUGUACUUAUAUCUCGUCGAGUUCCUCGACGCCAAGUACCGCGAACGGUAUUUAGCAUGGAUGGGCAUAUUUUGGUCAAUCGGAUUGAUUAUACUUCCAUGUAUGGCGUGGAUAAUCAUGUUGUACCCGUUUAGAAUCGAAAACGAAUACUUUUUAUUUAAAACGUGGAAUAUGUUAGUAAUCAUAUGCUCAUUGCCGAGUAUGUUAUUGGCGUUCUUGUUGACGAGGAUGCCGGAAAGUCCAAAAUUCUUGCUCGCCAAAGGUAAACAUGACGAGGCGAUCGAUUGUUUGAGAACUAUGUACAGAUGGAACAACAAAUCGGAUGAUAAAUUUCCCGUGACCUGUCUACUGCAGACGAUGCCGAACCAUGUGAUCGACAAAGCGAAAAGUAACUUUUUCCACGGCCUUUACAAAAGCACCGUUGAGCUGUUUACGUCCAAGUACAAAGUUAUUGCCUGGGUCGUGAGCGUCAUACUCUUUUGUUCUUCCACCAGUUACUACAUGCUAAUAAUGUGGUUCCCAGAACUGAUGAACAGGUUUCAGUGGUAUGAAACAUUGAACAAAGAUAUCCAAAUCAAGAAAACCAUGUGCGAAAUCGUAUCUAUAGUAGAACCCAACACGAGAAUUGUCGAAAAAUGCACCGAUCAUAUUGAUCAGUCAGUAUUCAUCAACAUCAUAAUCAUCGGCAUCGUUUGUGUACUGCCGAACAUUAUCGUGCCGCUACUUGCCAACAAAUUUGGAAUCCGGUUUUUCACAGUGGUGAGUUUUGUAGGAUCAGCCGUGUCAGCCGCUUGGUUGUACUUCAUUACAUCAUCAACGGAAAACCUUAUAUUAUCUUGCAUAUUUGAAGCUCUGUCCGGUGCUGGUAUCGGUUUGGUAUACUGCAUCGCUGUUGAUUUAUUUCCCAUAGAAUAUAAUGGCAUGGCUACAUCUAUAGGCACAAUGUUUGGUAAAUUAGGAGCUCUUAUAGGAAAUAUUCUUACAGGAAUUUUUAUUGAUGUCAAUUGUAUUGUUCCUAUCACCUUUUCUUGUUUGUUUCUAAUUAUUUCAGCGUUGUUAAUAUUAAUACUACCAAAACCAGGAAGAACUAACUUUACAAUAUAACACACGCAAUGAAAUUGAGUAGUCAACUAAUAAAAUAAAAACGAUGGCAAAAUUAAUCAUGUUUGAUCGACUGUUGUGAUUAAGUUUAUAGAAAUUUAUCGCAACCAAGAAUGCCUAUGAGAUACAAUCAACAA